AUGGAAGCCGUCGGAGUCGCCGCCAGCAUUCUCGGACUGGCAAGUUUGGCUAUUCAAUUAGGCGAAGGUGCUACCAAGCUCAGGCGCAUCUACAAGGCCGUACGCGAUGCGCCACAGACGCUGGAAGAUACAGCAAACGAACUCAUGAUUAUGGAGCUGCACUUCCGCCAAUUGUCUCGCAAUCAAAUGGGCUACGACGAGGACGCGUUUUUGAUCGAUGCACUUGUGCAGCGCUGUAAGUCUAGUGUCGGCAAGAUCGCAGAUGUUGCCACAUCCAUCGAGAACAUAAUAGCACGGCAAAUAGCUGCAGCAGGCUGGACACUGUCCCUCCGCGAAUGGAGGGUAGUAAGCGAUGCUGCACAAAUCUUCCAGAUGGUGCACGGAGGAAGCGUCGAGAAUGUACGUCAGCUCAUCGAGUCUGGCAAGGCUUCGCCACUUGACGUCAACGACUUCGGGCAGAACUUGAUUAAGAUCGCGACGCAAAACUACUACAAAUCAGACAAGACUUCGAUAAUUCGCUAUCUUCUGAGUGUGUCCCCUGAGCUGAGACAAAUGGAUUCUCUUUACCACAUUUAUGCCAAUGUGCGACACGUUCCGGGCUUGCACUCGGAGCUUGUGAAGUCCAUUGGUUUUGAUGUGCAAUCAGUCAUCGAAUCGUGGAUGGAGGGUUCGAGGGCGCCUUCUGAGUCUCGCUUAACGGGCGAGUCCAUCCCGCUAUCCCUUGUCCGCAUCACGAAAUCGUCAAUCCACAACUUCGAUGCUCUUCCGUUACAUUUUCGCUUUGAACUUGCGCUGCAGCUGGGUAGCGACUGCACACCAACCGACUUCUUGGAGAUUUGUAUGCUGGAUCACGUUACGGCUGAGCUAGCAGGAAUGGCCAGGCUUACAGAUGGAGCAUCAGCGCUAUUGUUCGCUGCCAUUGUAAUCGCUCAACACUCUCUCUGGGGUACAGAGAUCCCAACCUCCGCGAGUUGGACCGCUGAUUGGGUCAAAUUCGUUAUGGAGCCGGUGUGCGCAGGGGCAAACAUUCACGGGGUACGAAGCUGGAGGUUCACCCAUUCUGCCAUUCACCGACGCAUCAUGGGGUAG